CUUCAGAGUUCGUUUUGCUCAUGAAUUGACUCCUGUUCUUGAUCUCUCGCCUUGAAACUGUAAUAGGCGGUUGGGUAUCCGAUUAUUUUAUAGGUGUCAAUAUAGUUCAGAAUUGAACAGCCCUCAGAAUUGCUGGUCGAGGACAAAUCUGCGGCCAAUGUACUGAGGAAACUGUCGUCAAUUUCGAAGAAUUCAUCUAAUUGGCCAGACUUUCACGCGGAGGGGGUUGAUCGAUCACCAUAUAUAUGUUGGUGUAUUCGCUUCAUUAAGGUUUUAUUCGUCAGGAUGGCAUUUCGUCCCGAAAAUAUUCCUCUAGUUGCCCGAAGAUUUUGGACUUCUGACGAGCUACCUUCAUUUUGUUCUAACACUCUGGCUUGUCCACUGUCUGGGGGACAUUGUCAAGUCUACAAGCUUGGAUUUUCCGAUCAGACUACCUGGGCUGUGCGAAUUCCAAUACAUGCAAGAAAUGCCCCUAAAGAGGUCGUCACAUCUGAACUCCAAUGCAAAAUAGAAGUUCUGGAACUUCUCGAUGCCAGCGGAUUCAAGUGGGCUCCAAAACUUAUCGGUCACGACCUGAGCUAUGAUAAUGAAGUUGGCUUUCCGCUCAUUGUUUACUCGUGGGUAUCAGGUGAUCCAUUGAAAUGGAACGAUGCUGCGCCUUUGCACCGAUGUGACCGCGACAAAGUCUUACGACAGGUAAUCCAGAUUAUACUGCAGCUAAUUCAAUGUACAAAAGCCAAAAAGGGACCUACGCUUGAUUUCCUUACAGAUGCCGUGGACCGAAAAUUCAUUCGAGUUUUUCGGAAUCAGUUACCGGGAAUUUCACUAGAGGAUUGCCUGGCACUUCGAGCAUCACUCCCCGAGGUUGUGCAUGGGGAAUUAGACGAUGCACCGUUCCUCAUUUCUCAUGGUGAUCUAUCGAGUAAUAACAUUCUAGUAGAUAACGAUUAUAACAUUACUGGGAUCAUUGAUUGGGGCUUUGCGACAUAUCAACCUUUCCCACUCGCUGGAGGUCUUCCGCGAUUUCUCGUCAUGGAAACUGAAGAAAGUUUGAUCCCCUCAUCAGUUACCCAGCAAGAUCGAAGAAGCCUGGUCACGCAUCUCAGUCAAUGUAGUUGUGAAUACGCGCCAUUACUGGCUCUUAUGUAUGGUGCAGCGGACGCGGACUACCGGUGGAUGGUGCUGGAAGCAGUUUUCAGUAAAGGGACUCACAAAUGGUUAGCUGAUUGCAUGUGGUUCAAGAGUGGCUCCACUUCCCGGAUUGACCGUGAAAUUUUGGAACGCGAAAUGGAAGCUUUUCUAAGUGGUCGUGUAAAUCUGGGAGCGAAUCUCACAAGAGAGCAGGUUUGUCAAUGUCUGCCAUGGAUGAAAGCGAGGGAUGUUCAACAUUUAAGAUUUGAACAGUCCGCCUGACUGAAGCAUGAGGAAGAAAUUGGUCCAAUCUUUGUCCUCUUGUGUUGCGAAUAUAACCUCUGUCUGGUGGCCUUGUGAAUGAUAUCCGAAUUGCCAACCGAGUGAUCAUUGAAUGUGAUUGGCUGGUUAGAUAGAUGAUAGGGCGCUAGCUUCAAAAGCCUAGUGUGAGGCUACUUCAACUCUGGAACGGGUCCUCAAUCCUGCACUUUCAUUGGUCGCCCUGAAGCAAAUUUACUCUUUGAUGUCGCUACUCCCGAGCUUCAAUUGCUCAUCAAUAUAGUGAGCUUUGCGAUGUUAGGUC